GUAUCACGUGCUCACGUUUCGCAAAGAAAGGGUUCCGUCUUCUAUUCUACGAGACUCAACCGAAAAACUCGCAAAAUGCCGCUUCUUUUGGAACACUGUGGAAUGAACCUGCGGUCGGCCUCGAUCACCAUAGCUAUCUUAUCGAUGUUUUUUACAGGUUAUCGUGUCAUCAAGGAUGCUGUGAUGAUUGUAGCUUUGAAGGAUAUUGAAGAUGAUGCCAAGCAAUCAUCAGAAGAUCUUCCCCGCCAUGCCAUACCUACCUUACUACAGGUCUUAUAUAUGGGGAUCUCCGUGGCGGGACUCAUGUGCAUUUGCAGUUUCUUGCUCCUGAUGGGAACAUGGAAGAAAAUUUAUCUUCUGGUGUACAUCUGGAUCCCUGUGUCUGUGAUCUACAUCCUUGUCGACUUGUCUGUUAUUAUCUACCUAGGUGUCACUUAUGUUGAUGUAUCAACAGUUGCUGUCACCAUUGGAAUUGCAUGUGUUUGGUAUGCAGUUCAUAUCUACUGCAUUCUGGUCGUUAUUCUUUUCUUCAAGACAUCAACUGGGCGAUACUUCCCUGGAUCAGAUUAUGAAAACAUCAACGUCAUUACAUAAACGGCUUUUGCACAAAACACAUUUUGGACGACAAAUGGCAACCGGAAGUUCAACGUUUUUCUCCAUUUUCAAGUCUCCUUUCUAAUGGCGUAGACCUAUAUCCUCCAUUCCUCGCAUCCUCAUUGGUUUUAUUAGAGGGCUUGCGCUAAGAGAUCACGUGACUUUUUAGGUUUCAAACUCGCGCGCGUUUUGCGAGUUGCAAAAUAGAACAAGAAAAAGCAACUGAUUUAGCACUAACGAAUAAAGCCAGAAAGUUUUUUUUCAAAAAGGGUUUAUUUUCACUUAAACAUCUUGUUUUUCGUUCUUCUUUUGCAAGACGGGCUUAGUCAAUUCUGUGUUUCUGUGUUUCUGGUUUGAAUUUACCACAAAAAAGGUCACGUGAUCUCUGAGCGUAAUUCCCUUAUUAGUUUUAAACUUCACAAAACGUUUUAAAGUGCGUGUGGAACUGUGAAGGGAAGGAAUAGUUGUAUAAUUAAAACAUGAGGGUGAAAGGGUAGGAAUGUAUUUUUGGGAGAAGAAGAAUGGCUCAUUUUUAAUGUGACUUUUUUUAUAACAUUACCAAAUGACCAAUACCAGGUAUUUGAAUAAGGUUAAGAAAUCCUUGGUAAAGGGUUUAUUUAUUAAUUGUUGUCAUAAUAAAGGUAAUCUUUUUCAAGGACAUUGCAAAUAAUAAAAUAAAAAUCUUUUUUUUUUAAAGAAAAAGCAUGACUUAAAAAAUAAAACAGUUUAAAGAAUAAGUUAAAACAAGAUUAAAAUAAACAAUUAAGAUUGCCUGUUUGUAUAAAAGCCGCCCGACAAUGUAAUCUCAGCACUGAUAUUAAAAAUGAUAAAAUUAAUGAUGAUGAUGAAAAGUAAAAAUAAUGAUAAUAAUUAUAUCGUUUAUUAACCCUCGAAAGAGAAAACGAAUUGAUUUAACGAAUUGGGUUUUUUUCUAGUUUGUAAAUGUUUGCUUGUGUGAAAAUGUAAACGGUAUUUCUGAAAAUUUCAUCAUAAAAAAACUAUAAGCAACUUUCUUUAAGGCGAUAUUUUAAAUGUGUAAAGUUAAAGGGGAAUGAUAUAUUUAAUCUAGCUGUAUUAAAAUCGUAAAUAAAUGUGUAGAGUGCUA